AACUGCCAGCCAUGUUGUUUGUUUACUUACUGGUGGCGUUCGCAAAAAAUAAAUAAAAUUAAUUUUUCUCCUGCGGUCGAUCUCGUUUCCUCCAAAAUCUUUCCUGUUUAGUUAGAGAUUUUGCUUGUUUAAAAUAAUCCCAACCAUCCAGAGUGCACAGUGCUAUGUCGGAUCCACACGAUGAGCUUUGCCCGCCAAACAAUCCAGAAGAUGACGAGCUAACACUGCCAAGGGCCAGCAUCAACAAAAUCAUCAAGGAACUGGUUCCAUCGAUUAGGGUAGCCAACGAAAGCAGGGAGCUAAUUCUAAACUGUUGCACGGAAUUCAUUCACCUAAUAAGUUCCGAAGCGAACGAAGUUUGCAACCAGCGGAACAAGAAAACCAUCAACGCGGAACAUGUCCUGGAGGCCCUGGACCGGUUGGGCUUCAAGGACUACAAACAGGAGGCGGAAGCCGUCCUGAACGAUUGCAAACAGGUGGCAGCGAAGCGACGUCGGCAGAGCACCAGGCUGGAAAACCUGGGCAUUCCCGAGGAGGAACUACUGCGGCAACAGCAGGAACUGUUUGCCAAGGCACGGGAAGAGCAAGCGGCCGCCGAACAGCAGCAGUGGUACAGUCUGCAGCAGAAUGCCGAACUCUACCAGAAGCAGACCUCCCAGGAUGAGGACGACAGCGACGAUUAUUAGCACUAUGGGAUUGAUGUGGAUGAGGGUUGACGAACGUAUUCCUAAGGCAUGUUUUCAGUAAAGACGAGCGGGAACCGAUUAAAGGAAUUGGAUUUUUGAUUAAGGUACA